AUGACCGAACCAGGGUUUUUCAUCUCCAUACAUAACCAGAACGGUACUGGCAUACGCAAUAACAUAUGUGCAACCUGCACGCCUUGCCACCCUCCCGGCGAGUACCUCACGAAAAUUACUGUGAAGCCUGAGAAGAUCACCGAGGAUGUGGUUCCAGAUUUCGAGAAGCUGUUUGGGCUUGAAGGCGCGGGGGAUGGGCAGGGCAGCACGGGGAUAGGCACGAGGCUGCAAUUGAGCACGAAGGGCUUGACGAAUCUCCUUCUAGAGGCGGAGUUGAGUGACAGGGAGGAAGUGGGCGCUGUGCACGUUUUUGACAUCGUGCAGACGGAUCAGGAGAGUGGCGAGCGAGGGAGGAUUAGGAUUGCUGCUGUGGUUGUGGAAGGGAAGGGCAAGACCGAUUUCGGUGAGGUUGUCAAGUAG